AUGGAGUUCCCGUUGCUGAAGUUGUCCGAUGGCUUGUUGCAGGAGCUGCUGUCGCACUGCCCGCAGCAGGAUAGACUCAACCUGUGUCUGGUGAACAAGCGGUUGCACAGGCUGGUCUCCAAGCUGGUGUACAGAAGGAUAUACCUGAACGACUCAAACGUGGUGCGGUCGGAUUUCAUGAACUUGGCGGUCAACUGGUCCCUAUUCAGUAUACCAAGUUUUUUGAACGAGGAUGAAUCACGUGCUAUAGCUAAUGGGAAGCUUGCCAAAUUGAUACAGACGUUCCACCGGAACCCUGAGAACACGUUGCAUCUGGUGCAAUGGAUCCGGAUCAACUGGGACCUGGACCCCGUGUUGCAGAAGCAGGUGCUGAACAUGCUGUGUGCCAAUGGCCACUCUUUGCAACGACUGGAGAACGUCAUCGACCCCAGCUGUAACGAUAUUAUAGCAUUGGGCAAAGUGAGUGCAGCCAAUGUGACCAGCUUCGAUAUGGCGCCGCCAAACUCGUUGCCGGAGCUCUCUGUGCCGCAGGACUACAUCCCCAAUCUGUCACACUACUUGAGACAACGUAUCUCAUCGAAGCUGUCGCACAUGACGUUGUUCAUCGACCCGAUAAAGUUGUUUAAUUACCUGUACCCACUGAAUGAGAAACUGCAAAUUAUAGACCUGAAACUGCAUUGGAGAAGAGAGUUCUUCCCACAGAAAUACUUUAGCGAGCAGACGAACACGCUGAUCAAACCAGGCGAGCAAAGGAAAUCACUGACAAAACUCUCAGAAGUGUUCGAUAUACGGUCCUUGAAGAUUCUGACUAUCAUAUCCUGGAAUGAGUCCCUGAUUUCUAGAGAGAUCGAGAUCAUAGAGGAGUUCAAGGAGUUUGUGUACUUAGAAGACUUGUCACUGAUAUCAAUAAAACAGGACAUAAAAGUACUGGUGUCAUUGUUCAGUGAAUUGAAAAGGCUAAAAAGAUUAAAGAUGGACUUCUUGGAAGAUUACGUACCAGAACCAACUAGCCCACAGAUAUUCUUAGCCAUUUUACUAAACUGUAAGGAUUUGCAGUUUAUCGAUCUACGUUUUGAAGGCGUGGACUUACCCAUAAUCACUCUACAGGAGAGCAAAUUUGAACUGACCCAGAAAUGCUACUGUUCAAGCUGCAUGCACGUCUUUGAGAAUAUCUUAAAGGACAAGAUUUUCCAUUUUGAAGAGGAUUACGAACUUAAUGACAUACACGACAUUGCAGCAAAGGAUAUAUUCAAGAUGAUGAGAUACUUAUCGUUGCUACCAUAUUCUAAGGCAUGUGAUUGUUACCCAAGCGUUAGAACACAGCCCAUGAAUUUGACAGAGUUUGUGUCUAAGAUCAACGCAAAUAUCCUGUUAUAUAGGCAAAGUCGUUCACAGUUGGUCAAGAAAUCAGAAUAUGAUGACGAAGAUGAUUUCAACUCAUUCCAUCUGCCUCAUCGCCCAUUGACCAAAGAUGACAUUGUCAAAUGUUAUCAUGCAUUAAUACAUCAUUUCAAGUCUACGUACUUCACAUUCUUGAGGGGCUUCCCAAAGUUACGAUUUUUGAUGUUGAAUGAUAUACCCACCAUCACUGUUGAAGAAGAUGGCGAGCGCAUUUUCCAGCCGAUCUUCUACCAUUCAGGAUAUCAAACGAAUUUGACUGGCUGGUCCAAACAAUUCAAAAAGAAUACGAACGCAUCUGAACCUAAUGAUGUUGCAAAGAAGGCUACUGUUAUUUAA